AUGUACGGUGCUAUUGACGAGCAAAUACCUGUAUCACCAUCGCCUACAACUGAAUUAAUACCAGUUGAAUUUAAAGUAUAUAAACGACGAUGGCUUUAUUUAGUUUGCAUAUGUUUGGCAAAUAUGUCAAAUUCUAUUUUAUGGAUUAAUUUUGCAUCAAUUGCUAAUAUAGCAAAAAGUUAUUUUGAUGUUUCAUAUAGCGCGAUUAAUUGGCUUUCACUUAUAUUUAUGAUUAUUUGUAGUAUUUUUACAUUACCAUCAACAUGGGCUAUUGAUCGAUUUGGUAUUCGAUUUGGAAUUUUAACAGGUGUUUGGUUAAAUUUAAUUGGUGGAUGUUUUCGUAUUAUUAGUACAUGGGUAUCAAUCAAAGGUCGUUAUCCAAUUGUUUUUAUUGGACAAAUGAUUUGUGCCUUUGCUCAAACAUUUACAUUAUUUUUACCAACAAAAUUUGCAUUUGUUUGGUUUCCUGACCAUCAACGAACAUUGGCUAAUAGUCUCUGUUUUGCCACUAAUUUUUUGGGUGUAUUUAUUGGAACUGUUGCUCCACCAAUUAUUGUUCCACAUGAAAGUCGAAUACCUUUAUUACUUUAUUUAACAUUAAUACCAGCUAUACUUGCAGCUGCUUUAUCAUUUACUGUUCGAUCAUCACAACCACCAACACCAUCAUGUUUAGCUUCACUUGAUGUUAAAAUUCCAUAUAAAUCAGUUUUUAAAAAACUUUUAAAAUCAAAAUCUUAUUUAAUUUUAUUUGCUACUGUUGGUAUUGGUUUAUCAAAUAAUAAUACACUUUCAACAUUAUUACAACAAAUCAUGUGUCCAUUCGGUUAUGAUAAUAUAGCUGUUGGUUUAUGUAUUGGUUGUUUUAUUAUUUUUGGCCUUAUUGGAUGUAUUCUUAUGGGAUAUAUAGCGGAUAAAACGAGGAAAUUAGAAGAAGUAACAAAAAUUUUAUAUUCAGUUGGAGUUAUUUCACUAAUGUGUAUUGGAUUAUUCAUUGUAAAUGAAGUUAAAUCGUAUUGGCUUUAUCUAAUAUUUGCUAUAGCUGGUUUAUCUAAUGCACCUGUACUUCCAUUAAGUUUAGAUCUGAGUAUUGAAACAACCCAUCCAGUUCCAGAAGCUACUGUUGCAGGUAUAUUCAUGGUUGCCAGUCAAUUAGGAAGUAUUCUUGCUAUUGUAAUUUUACCAUAUUUUACAAUGGCACCUUCUGCUCAUCAAAUGAGUAUACAAAAGUGUGAAGUUCAAGAUGGAAAACUUAAUGACAUUCGAGAUUAUUCUAUUCCUGUAUAUAUUUUAGCAGUAACAUCGGUUGUUCUUGUUAUUUGUUUCAUUACAUUUUUCCAUUGUGAAUAUCGUCGACAAACAAAAGAUGAAAUUGAACAUCAUGCAGCAGCAAUAGUUGUUGACACUAAUCCAGAAUUAGCAUAA